UCCUAAUGAGAUUCGUUUGGUGAUAACGAUGCGAGGGAAAUAGGCGGGGCUUCCUGUGAUCGACCCUGUGUUUAUUUUUUAGAUGAGCCAAACACCCUCCACACACACAGAGGUCUCCCUUUCAUAGAACAGCUUGCAUCAUGCCAUACCAGAACUUCUUCCUGAGUUGCUUUUUAGUACUGCUACAGACAUCAAUCUCACAGCAGGAAGAGCAAAGCCAGCUGCUGCUGGUGUCCUUUGAUGGCUUCCGCUGGGACUAUGUGAAUCGAGUGCCCACGCCCAAUUUCCGUGACCUGAUGAAUGAGGGUGUGCAGGUGGAGAAAGUGGAGAACACCUACAUCACCAAGACCUACCCGAACCACUACACCUUAGUGACAGGAUUACACGCCGAAACCCACGGCGUCAUUGCUAACGAAAUGUACGACCCCAUCCACAACAAGUCCUUUUCCAUGGAGGGACCCUCGGUGUAUGAUGCGUGGUGGUGGGAGGAGGCCGUGCCGUUGUGGGUGACCAAUCAAAAGGCUGGCAAGAAGAGCGGAGCUGCCAUGUGGCCUGGAUCAGAUGUAGCAAUCGGUGGAACGUACCCAACACAUUACUUGAGUUAUAAUGCGUCAAUGCCCUUUGAGACCAGAGUCGAGAAACUCAUUGAUUGGUUCUCGGGGCCGGAGGCCAUCAAUUUUGGUGUCUUAUAUUGGGAGGAACCAGACGAGAGCGGGCAUAACUUGGGGCCGGAGAGCCCACUAAUGGAUCCAGUGAUAGCAGACAUCGAUGAUAAGUUGGGAUUCCUCAGGGAAAAGCUCAAAGCCGCUGGCCUUUAUGAUAAGCUCAAUCUGAUUGUUACAAGUGAUCACGGAAUGACUCAGUUAUCACAUGAUAAGAUUAUUGAGCUGGACACCUACGUCAGCCGUGACCUUUACACAUGGGUGGACAAGAGUCCUGUAGUUGGCAUUUUGCCGAAAGAAGGAAAACUUGAAGAGGUCUACAGUUCGUUGAAGAACGCCAACCCUAACAUGGUUGUGUAUAAAAAGGAGGAGAUCCCAGAGCAUUACCACUACAGACACAAUGCCAGGAUCAUGCCUCUGAUCAUAGAGGUCAAAGAGGGAUGGACGGUCAUGCAGAACAGAAAUGGAUCCUUUAUGUUGGGAAACCAUGGUUACAACAACAGCCUUCCCAGCAUGCACCCUGUGUUUGUCGCCCGCGGACCCGCUUUCCGCCGCGAAUACACCAAGGCCUCCAUGCGCACUGUCGACCUCUAUCCUCUCAUGUGCAGCAUUCUUGGUCUCAAGCCCUUGCCCAACAAUGGCUCUUUGUCAAGCGUGCAGGAUCUCUUAGUGGAGACGCCAACCUCAAAACCAGAGGUCCUGCUCGCGCCCAGACAGUCUUCCUACGCCUGGGCUGUGGGAUCCAUCCUCGGGACCGCCCUCGUGAUUGGGUUUCUCUUCAUCUUCGUGCAGCAGGUGACACAAAGGCAGCUACCUCCACUGCAUCUGUCCAAUAGUGAGAUAACACAACCCUUACUGUAGGCUCAAACACGUCACUUUUCUCAUGCGAGGUUCUCAAAGUAUGCAGCACUGAAUCUUUCAUCCAGUGCCACAGAUCUCAUUUCAGUCUAAAAUAAUUCUGAUAACACUUUUUAAAAGGUCAACAUGAUCGCUUGAAUUCAAAAGCGAUCAAUAUCCACGGUACCAUGCCAAAGCCGAAUAUACCAAAAGCAAUAUGGGGAAUGAUGCUACAGUGGAAAAAAGGUUGUGCAAUCGUCAAAAUCACAGCUGACUGAGCCAAUAGUGCCCUCUUCUGGUGAAGCUGUCAGUGAUACCUUUAUUCUUGUCAUCUAAAAUCUAGUAUUCGGAGAAAAAUGGUUAGCAUCCCCAUGCUUUUCCUUUAAAUUUGAAUCUGAUAUUUAUUUAAUAAGAGAGAGAUUUGCCUUGUUCUCUUGAAUUUGCAUUAAAUGUAUGGGUUCAGAUCAGAUCAGUGGCAUAAUGUUAUUACAAAAAUUAAUUUCAACGUGUUCCUCCUUUUCUUAAAAAAGAAAAAAAGCAAUCUGGGACACAGUGAUUGAGGCACUUACAAUGAAAGUAAACCAAUCCAUUUUCACUAUUUCAAUAGUAUAGGCACAAGUUAAACCCCUAAAAUGUAUGUAAAAAAAAUUAACAGCAUUACAGCUCAAAUAAUAUGCACAUUUUAUCAAUUUUAAGUGAUUUUAUUAAACAAUAAGCUUCACAUUUUUGCUUUUAAAUCCUCAUUUACUUCUAUUGUAAGUGCCUCAUCGUAACCUUAAUUUUUGCCUUUUCUUUUAAAUAAAGAAAACAAGUUGAAAUUUUUCCUAUUAAUCAACAUUAUGCCACAAACGCUGUGGAUUGUUUGUUUAUCUUGUCUUGAACCUGGAAUACUCCUUUAACUGAAUGUUAUGGAUAUUUAUGAUUCUGAAAAGAAAAAAAAUUAAGGGACAUUAGUAGCAGUUGCUUUUUGAAUUUGUUGUUUAUUCUCAUACCUAGUUUUUUUGUUAAUUUGUUUAAUGCAGUUGUUCAAGUUGGCAGAUUAAUGUUAAUAAGCGUUAAUGAAAAAGAAGCUGGUAGUUGUCAAACUACCGCCGUGUUGCACUAAGAUGUAAGCUAAUCAGGAUAGAAAGAUAAAGUAUUAGACUAGUGGGAUGUUUUAGCUUAUUUGCAUUUUGCACAAUGUAAUACCAUCCAAAAUUUAUAUAAAAAAAAGUGUGCGAGUGCCAAAAUCCUUUUGAUUGACUUAGAGUAGUAAUAGUAUAGUUCCUGCGUUAAUGUAUUUUGUACUUUUUGAAACUAGCGUUUAAGAAAAAGCCCUGCGUAGGGUAAAACACUGUGAUCGGUCUUUUACUGGUGCAAAGACUAAAGAGAAAUUAAAUAUUUAUGCUCUUUGAAAUAAAUGUUGCUGAAAUAGUCAUAGUUAGCUGCUUGCAGAUUAGGAUUGUUUGUGUUAUUAAGAGGGAAAUUAUGACUUUCUAUAUGGACAUGUGCAGAGAUUGUGUUUUGUGUUUUAAGUAUUCCUAUGAUUUACUGGGUUUGUCUUUUAUGGCCUAAUGUCAGAUUUGGACCUGUCAAAAGUCCCAUAACAAUGUGCUACAUUAAAGGUAAAAAUGCCUAAUUUGGAAA